CGACAGGCAGUGUGUGUGUGUGUGUGUGUGUCAUCUCCGUGCAGGGUCGGGCGGCAGACUCACCGCCACACACCCACAGCUUCCUGCCAGACACUCACCACCAUGACAGCCUGAACAAGGCCUAGCGGGGCAUGCCUAAGCCUAGGUGAAGCUGAUCCCACGAGGGGAAGGUAAUGAUGGAGUGUGUGACCGGCAUGGCCAAGACGCCCCCCGGCCCUUGGUGUUCCUCCAGCAUCACACCCGCCGCCCCGCGGGGCUGCUGGGCACCUUACUGAGGAUGACGGAAGACACGCCCCAGAGGAAGACGUCAGCCAGGAAUCCCUGCGCGGUCAGCCUCUUGCUGGGGGUGCGGCAGCGGCAGCAACCGAUGGCAAGUCUGGAGAAGCAGGGUGAGAUGGAGGUGUGGCCAGGCCUGUACGCACACCUCACCUCCCAGCUGAUGGCCCUGGCGCGGGGCAAGGUGGUGCUGGUGCUGGAGGUGUGGCCAGGCCUGUACACACACCUCACCUCCCAGCUGAUGGCCCUGGUGCAGGGCAAGGUGGUGCUGGUGCUGGAGGUGUGGCCAGGCCUGUACACACACCUCACCUCCCAGCUGAUGGCCCUGGCGCGGGGCAAGGUGGUGCUGGUGCUGGAGGUGACCAGUCUGACCUCACCCAAACAUUGUGGCAGGAACUGAGCACCACACAUCCACACACUGGGUGGGUGUUGCCUGCCGUCCAGGCCAAGAGUGCCGCCCACACCCUCAGUGCCUUGCUGGGCCACCACUGUCCCCCUGCUGGACCCCCUGCAGCCAUCACCAAG